AAAUAGUUCGGAAAAAAACAGAUGUAGGUAAAUAGCGAAGGUAAAUAGUAACAAAAAAGCGUGUAAAAAAUAAUAUGAGUGACUAAUAUUGAUCGAAAAUCUGCGCUAUGACUUUGAUACUACAAUAUGAGAUGACCUCCUUAACCUUCCAACCAGCGCAACACUAAAUUCUCCUUAGCUUAAGAAGCAAAUUACGCAAGAUGAUAUCAACAAAUUAUUUAGUUUUCCUCACCAUUGCUCUCAUGGUGAUGCUCACAGUACUCCUACCAAACUUUUCAUACAGAGUGAACAAAACCACAGAAUUACAAGAAAUGAAAAAAGUAUUGGAUGACAUGGAGGAGCAGAUCGGACAAGCGGAAGCGGCGUGCUUCACAGCAGCUGAAGAGCUAUGCAUACUUCAGUACACAAUGCGAGAUGAGGAAACAAAUACACGUGAUUUUCUUUCAUGCCGGAAAAAUCUCGACGUACUCCCUUCGACGCCCGUGCUGCCGUGCACACAAAGGAUACGCAAAAUACGAAAAAAAUCGAUUUCUUUUGAUAAGUCCACUUCGACUAUUGAGUUAUAUCGAAGAAAACUGCCGCCCAGUCGACGAAGUCAACAAUCCCACCUUGGAUUAAAAUAAAAUAGCGCUAAAACAUAUUGUAUUAUGAUAUAAAAAAUCUAAACUAAUAGUAUGUAAUGUGGUGGAAU